AUGCAAGAAGCGAUCCACGAUCAAAGCGUGCCUGAGGUCGAGACUCUUCCACCAUCCAAACUUGGCACUCACGAAUUUUGGGAUUUGACUUAUGGCCGAGAGCUCGAAAGCUUUCAGGAUAUUGGGGAUGAAGGCGAGGUCUGGUUCGGUGAAGAUAGCUCAGAUGAAAUCUUGGAUUGGAUCGCACAUCAUCUUCCGUCUCCUAUGACUCCGACUACUAAGACAUCCUUUUCGGAGCUUGAGUCUCCUAUCGAUCGCCCCUUGCCAGGUCUGGAAUCUCAACACAUUCUCGAUGUGGGUUGUGGAAACGGACAGCUACUAUUUCUACUUGCUCAAGGGGGUUAUUCAGUGAAUCAGCUCACUGGCAUUGAUUAUAGCGCCGGCUCAAUCGAGCUUACCUCACGCAUAGCCCAGGCAAAAGGUAUCAAAGGUCUUCGUCUCCAAGUCAAAGAUAUUCUGAGGGACACAAUAGAACCUCCCAACCGGUCGAUGACCCGCCAAGGAAAAGAGAGAGAUGGCUGGGAUCUGAUUACGGAUAAAGGCGUGGGUAUCUACACGUUCCUACCGCUCGACAGAUUCCAUUACUCUUACCCUCCCACGAGGUAG